AUGAGGUACCAUUCAUUCUUAUUAAGAAGCCCAAAGAAGGAAGAGCAACAGGUGCCAGACAGCAUCAAUAAUUCUGGUGAAGAAUUCUCUGACACUACCACUACUACUACUACCACUACCAAAUUAGAUGAUGCUUUUAACACCAAUGGAGAUGAUCAUGUGGUUGAUAUCAUGGAUGACUGGGAGCGCAUUUUGGGCAUUGAAGAAGAGGAAGAUGGAAAAUUACCGAGUGAAAACAUGUACGGCGGUCACAAGCUUAAUUGGGAUUUUAUGGAUUGGGAUGAGUUUCCUAAAGGAGAAGAAGGGGAGGAGAUUGAGCAGAAAGUGUUUCAAACCGCAGAUAGGUGCUUUUUUGAAGAUGAAAGCUACUAUGAAAGAAAGGUCGUAAAAAGUGAGAGUGUUGUGUUUUGGGAUGAGGACGAUGAGAAGAGGGUGCAGUUGAAUUUGAAUUUGAAUUAUCAAGAGGUGUUGGAUGCUUGGUCUGAUCGUGGUCCUCUUUGGGCAGAUGAUUGUUCACGUUCUUCCAUGGCUAGCAAUGGCAAUUAUAUGGGAGAGGUGCCAAUGAUGGAAGAAGAGAGAACAAGAAGGGAAGCAAGUGUUCUAAGGUACAGAGAGAAGCGCCAGUCUAGACUUUUCUCCAAGAAGAUAAGGUACCAAGUCCGCAAACUCAACGCAGAUAAAAGACCAAGACUCAAGGGUCGAUUUGUGAAGAGGUGUGAUUCGUGA